AUGAAUCGCAGCACCAACGGCUGCUGGACCUGCCGCAUCCGGCACAGGAAAUGCGACGAGAAACACCCCAUCUGCCGAGAGUGUGCCGACCGCACCAUUGCCUGCCACGGCUACGGCCCCAAGCCAAAAUGGAUAGAUAAUCAAUGGGAGUUGCAGGCCGAGCUUUCGCGAGUCAAAAAGACGGUGAACUCCAAUUUUCGCCGGAAGAAAAAGUUGCAAGCCUGGAAGGCCUCUCAGGCUCGCCCAUCCGAACGUCAAAAUGACCCAAGACAGGAGGGAGAAGACGGCUACCCGGCAUCGCCUGAUGCGCCGACAACGCCCGAGAUGGCAUUUCGAGAAGCACAGCUCCUGGUCCACUACCUGGACUAUAUAUUCCCCCUCCAGUAUCCAUACUACAAGGACGAGCCCUCGCUCGGCGGCAGAGGCUGGCUCCUCUGGCUUCUCAUGAAGCGCGGGCCGCUGCACCAAGCCGUGCUCACCCUCUCGGCGCUUCACCACCAUACACAGAGCGCGGGUGCUCCCGGGAACCGAGAAUCAGAACUCAUAGGGUACCACACCAACGCCCUGCAGCGGCUACGGCAAGUCCUUCAGGACUGUGAACUGGACAAGUUUGCAGAGAGCCGGCAGCAAAUGGUUGAGUUUUUGGCAUGCGGUUCGGCACUCAUCAGCUUUGAAGUCCAGCUAUUUCGAGGAGGCCUCGACAACUGGCGGCCGCAUUUGGACGCCCUCACUUCCGUUGUGAACAAAAUCCUCGUGCCACACCCUUCGACAGGCACUCGGGAGUCGGGAGAUGGCGUGGACAAGGCGCAGCCGUUUCUUGUCACAAAAGUUCUCUGGCUUGAUAUUCUCGCCUCCACGGCAACUGGAAAGGCACCGCAAACAAGGUAUCAGAGAUGGCUGCAACUGGACCAGAUUGACAUGUCGAGGCUGAUGGGGUGUCGAAAUUGGGUGAUGCAGGCAGUCGGGGAUAUAUCCACAAUUUCUUCACGGAAAACCGGGUCAGGAUUCUCAAAGUCGGAUGAAUUGCAGCUUAAGGCUCUUGAACAGGUUCUAGACGAGGGCAUCGAAAGGAUGAAUCUGGGAGGGGUCCGUUUCGAGUUCCCGGUGCGAGUUUCAUUGACACUGCUGACGACGCGUGAACAGGAGGAUCGACAGGCGUUGGUUUACGCGAUUACAAUGGUGUUUGCGACUGCGGCCUUGGUCCAAAUCGAAACAAUGCGAAAUGCCCCAUCUCCUAGCAUGAGACUCUACAGCCGCGUGGCCAGGGUGGUUGACGCAAUGGAGGGCCUUCCUGCUGGCGUCACAUUUCGAGGUCUGGCGUGGCCGGUUGCGACUGUCGGAGCCGUAGCGGCAAGUGAUCAGCAGAGCUUCUUCGAAAGGGCCAUGAGAGAUGUGUUGGAUACGUCGGGAUCCGAGUUUACAAACUGCGGAACAGUUCUCGAUGUUUUACAACGGUGUUGGCAGCAUCGGAGGGAGUCGGGCUCGGUAUGGACGUGGCAGGAUGGCAUGAGCGCAAUGGGAAUAUGUGCACUUCUCUUAUGA